GAGGUGGGUUGAUGGAUAGCACUUCAUCCCGCAGAAGAGAAGAUCAGCUGCUGGAGCAACAAUGCCGCCCAGAAUAGAUCUGUUACAGCGACUAGGCACAGUCAAUUUGUGCCUACGACCUUCAACAACACCGGCGACACAGGCCUUCCUACCCAUCGUUCAAAAGGCCAAUCUCUCUUUGAGAGAAAGGAAGAAGAAGCAGAAGCAGGAUCCGUACAAAUGGGCACAGGCUCAGCAGCGCAAAGCCGCCAACCUCAAGCGACAGGACGAACUCUUGAAGAAGCGAGACGAAGAAUGGGGUGAUCCCGUACGAGGCAGACUGACGCCGUUCCUCGAGUCUCUCGAUUCAGCCGGCCAGAACUCGGUGACCAAUGUGCCCCGAGACGCGAGCGGAAAUGCCCUCGAGGAGCCGAGAGAGCUGCCCACGACGCCCGGCCUGCGCAACCAUUUCCUUACCGAUGCGGAGCUCGAAGAUGCCGUCAAGCACGCCUAUGCCCUGACGAAGCCCAUGGUCGGAGUUGUAGAAUCACAGAUGGAGCCUACUACGGAGCAGGAGAGGAAGCAAGCGCAUAACCAGAAGCACCAGAAGGCCGUCGAGGCGCUGAAGCGAAUCACAGCCCUGAGCAACGGCAGCGCACGGGACCGAUUCCACGCAAACGUCCGACGCAUCGUUGAUGAGUUUGGACGCCACAACACAGACAACGCUCUCAAGCCUAAGCCGCUGUCCAUUUCUCCAAACACCACGCCGAUGCCUGGCCGUGCUGGACCGGAUACUGGCAGCUCAGAGGUGCAGAUUGCUAUUCUGACCGCCAAGAUCAGAUCGGUGUCGGAGGCACUGGCAAUCAACCGAGGAUAUAAGGAUGUACACAACAAGAGGAACUUGAGACUGCUGGUGCACCGACGCCAGAAGCUGUUGCAGUACAUGGAGCGAAAAGAGAGAGGGAGCGAGAGAUGGACCAACAUGGUUGAGAAGCUAGGUCUCACGCCAGCAACAUGGAAGGGACAAAUCGAUAUGUGAGGGGAAGGAAAAAAAUUAAAAAGACACGACCCAAAAGAUAAAAUACUGUAGGAUAGUUAAGCAUCUGUAUAUGUAUAGUAGAGCCCGUUAGAGGAUGCGUGAUUGCCCACAUCAAUCGUUCGCUUCUUCCAUAUGCGCCUAAUCUGAAUGAACCCUUCCCAUUGCAAUUGAUACGGAACAAAAUAGAAGGAAGAAAAAAAAAAGAAAACAGCCAACAUUAUACUACACUCGCACGCUGCUCAAGACAAGUACAUUAUUAGUCCGUGGGCCGCUUAGAAAACGCUGAUAAAGUUUCCGAUGCGAUCUUUCUGGUUCUGAGCUAUGCACUCAGCAAUCCAUGUUAUGUUGCGGAUUUCCUGUUCUCUAAGC